CCUAGUUGAGAAUUUCACCCGAAAUUAAAAAAUCUCGAAGCCAGGGUUCGAGAAGAUUGAGAGAAAUGCGAAGAGAAUUCCAUGGUUCCUUCGCGAAGAUGUAUUAGGAGGCUCGAUUCAAACUUCUCCCUCGCUUCCGUUUCCUCAUGUUGCUCCCCCUUCCUUCCCUCUACUUUCUCUUUUCAAACCCUAGCCAUUUGGAUUUCUUCUCCGUCAUCGCAUGCUCAACAGUACUAUUGAUUUCCCUCAAUCUGGCACUGUUGCUCUUCACUCGAUUGUUCCCCGCCAAAUUUUCAUCAUCUUCUUCUUCCUCCUUCUUUUCUACUCACCCUGUGGUGUGGUCCAUUGGGUCGAACCCUAAGCAAGUGAAGAGCACAAGUUGGAGAUGUUGGGUUCAAGUUUACAGCAAUGGGGAUGUGUACGAGGGUGAAUUCCAAAAGGGAAAGUGUUGGGGAAAUGGGGUUUAUCACUGUCACAUGAGUGGGAGGUAUGAGGGGGAUUGGGUUGAUGGGAAGUAUGAUGGGUAUGGUGUGGAGACAUGGGCAAGGGGGAGCAGGCAUAGAGGGCAGUAUAGGGAAGGUUUGAGGCAUGAAAUGGGGAUCUAUAGGUUCUACUGUGGUGAUGUAUAUGGUGGUGAGUGGUCUAAUGGGCAGUGUCAUGGGUUUGGAGUCCACACUUGCUAUGAUGGGUGCCGCCGCUAUGUUGGGGGAUCAAAUGGGGUGUCAAACAUGGACAUGGACAGUAACAUUUCAGAACAAUCUCAGUGGAAGGUGCUACAAGGCUGUGAUUGUCAUUAAUGGAAUCUUUAGUUCACUGCAUAUAUUGAAUGCAUCACAAUAGAACAAUUGUUAUGGGAAGGCUUGGAAAUGUGUCUUUACACUCUGUCAUUUUAUGUGUACUGUAGAAAUGGGGACAAAUACACUGAAUAUUUUGCCGACAAGAUGCAUGGUCACUAUUCCGAAUUUAAAAAUUGUCUAUUUCAAAAGUAAUUAUUUAGAGUUGAGAAUUUUACAUAGUUUAUAAAUUGGCAGUAUU